UCUAGUAUUUACCCCCCUACCACCAGGGACCCAUCAAUCAGUAGGGGAACAUCAGUGUUAGGGGGUUGGAUGUUUACAAAACCUGUUACAGGACUAUAAGGGAACUACUGAAUUUACUCUGUAAAAAUCAUUUUUCUUAUGGAAUUCAAAGGCUGUUGAGCUUUGUGUGUGAGGGAAUCUGUCAAGUGCCAACAAGUACUUGACUCCAUUCACUACGUGUGUGUGUGUGAGGGGGUUUGUCUGUGAUGAUGAAACCGCAUCGACCCCUCUGAAGGAAUUCCCCUACGUAACGGGGAGUGCUGCUGGUGACGCCCGCGUUUCCUGUAUAAAAGAAGCGCUAUGAGGCUCCUACUUCAGACUCCAGAGCUAAAGCGAUAGCAUCAGCGGCUCCUUAGUGGGAAAUACAAAGAGCACAGGCCGCCUGCACCUCUCACUCUCCACUGGAAUGAUCGUACUACCCGCCGCUGUGUUCCUCUCUCUGCUGCUCUUCUCCCAAGCAGCAAGCCCAUGCUGUUCAAAUCCCUGUCAAAACCAAGGGGUGUGCAUGACCGUUGGCUUCGACCGCUAUGAAUGUGACUGCACGAGAACUGGCUUCUAUGGAGAAAACUGCACCACACCGGAAUUCUUAUCGUGGUUGAGGCUGAAGCUGAAGCCAACCCCCAACACCGUGCACUAUAUCUUGACUCACUUCAAAGGAGUAUGGAAUAUAGUCAACAGCAUCUCCUUCCUGCGGGACGCCAUUAUGAGAUAUGUCUUAACAUCACGGUCGCACCUGAUUGACAGCCCACCCACCUAUAACAGCCACUAUGCCUAUAAAAACUGGGAGGCAUAUGCCAACCUGUCCUAUUAUACCCGUGCCUUGCCUCCUGUGGAACGUGACUGCCCUACCCCAAUGGGAGUUAAAGGACUGAAAGAGCUUCCAAGUGCAAAGUUGGUGGUGGAAAAAUUCCUGAUGCGAAGAAAAUUUAUUCCUGACCCUCAAGGCACCAAUGUGAUGUUUGCUUUCUUUGCGCAACACUUCACACACCAGUUCUUCAAAACGGAUAUGGCAAAAGGAGCCGCCUUCACCAAAGCAUUAGGCCAUGGGGUUGAUCUCAAUCAUGUCUAUGGGGAAAAUUUAGAAAGGCAACAUAAACUGCGUUUAAUGAAGGGCGGCAAACUAAAAUAUCAGAUGAUAGAUGGGGAAAUGUACCCACCAACAGUGAAAAGUGCAGGAGUAGAUAUGAUGUACCCACCCCAUGUUCCAGAACAUCUUCAGUUUGCUGUUGGGCAAGAAGUUUUUGGCCUUGUUCCUGGGCUGAUGAUGUAUUCCACAAUCUGGUUACGGGAGCACAAUCGAGUUUGUGACAUUCUUGCUGGAGAGCAUCCAGAAUGGGACGACGAGCGUAUCUUCCAAACUGCAAGACUUAUUUUGAUAGGUGAAACCAUCAAGAUUGUCAUAGAGGAUUAUGUACAGCACCUCAGUGGAUAUCACUUCAAACUCAAAUUUGACCCACAACUGUUGUUCAACCAGAAAUUUCAGUAUCAAAAUAGAAUUGCUGCAGAAUUCAAUACCCUGUACCACUGGCAUCCCCUUCUACCCGACACUUUUGCCAUCAACGAAAAGGAGUACGGUUACCCACAGUUUCUCUACAACAAUUCGUUGAUUUUAAACCAUGGCCUCACUCAGAUGGUCGAAUCUUUCAGCAGGCAGUCAGCAGGACGUGUUGCUGGAGGUAGGAAUUUCCCUGCUGCCAUAACCAGAGUAGCCGUGGCAUCCAUUGAACAAAGCAGAGAGAUGAGAUACCAGUCACUAAAUGAAUACCGCAAGCGUUUCAUGCUCAAACCCUUUGAGUCGUUCGAAGAGCUGACAGGAGAGAAGGAAAUGUCAGCUGAAUUUGAGAAACUAUACGGUGAUAUUGAUGCCAUGGAACUUUAUCCGGGACUACUUGUGGAACAGCCUCGCCCCGGAGCUAUUUUUGGAGAGACCAUGGUAGAGAUGGGAGCUCCAUUCUCUCUAAAAGGCCUGAUGGGAAACCCCAUAUGUUCUCCUGAAUACUGGAAACCCAGCACCUUUGGCGGAAGCGUGGGUUUUGAUGUUGUAAAUUCCGCCUCUUUACAAAAUCUGAUAUGCAACAACGUGAGAGACUGUCCUUACACUGCCUUUCACGUGCUAAAAAGCAAGCCUUCCGGAAAGGAUUUCAUUAAUGCGAGUUCAGAUUCAACACUGGAGAAUGUAAAGCCAUCUUUAAUCCUGAAAGAGCAUGCGUCUGAACUUUAAACUGACACUUUAGUAUUUUUUCUUCUGAAACCACUGUCACCUUGUUAGAUGCUAUACACAAUGCUGGUUGGGAUUGAUAGGAUUGCUGGGUAGGGAAAAAUACCAGCAAGGUUCAAACUCCUUCAUAAACAACCUGUGUGUACAGUUUCCUUUUUUUUUUUUUCAUUAAGGGGGGUUAAUUUAUUUAUUUAUUAUUUAUGAUUUAAAUAUUAUUUAACUGUCAUGUCCAGUGCUGCCUCAAAAUGUCUUAUGGUCAUUAUAUAUUAAUAUAUAUUAUGAUUAUAUAUUGAUUAAUAUGUCGUGUUCCUCCCUGUAUUUCACAUACAGCUCUUUGCACCAUUGUGCCUUCAAAUCAUUUCUGUAUACAAAUCCUGCAUAUACUUGAAUAUGUGCAUUUAAUAGAUAAAUUAAACACAAGACCAUUAAGUCUUAAAGCAAUCGUCCCUUGUCUUCCAAAAAUGUUUGGAGGCAUAGCGAGCUAUUCUUUAUACACUCCUAUAUAUUCGUUCUUUCAAAAUUUUAGAAAAACCACAGGUUCAUUCUUGAAACCCUUACUUGAAAUAUAAGUGUAACUGCACUGGACAGUGAGCCAGUGAAGGGCCAAUGGCUUUCAUUGGUAAAACAAACCUGUCACUUUACUCAUUAAAUGUAGUUGUUUUCUAAGAUAGAUUUACCAUGCUGCUACUUUUUCAUGAUAUUUAAGGAAAUAUAAUAUGGUAUGUAUAAAUAUUAUUUAUAAAACUGCUUACUUUUUUUAUCGAUUUAUACUGAGUGUCACUCUUGUAAAUGGCAAUUUGUACAGUCAGGUGGAAAUAUGUUCUGUCUGUGGUCAACAUUCCAUUGUUACUGCCAAAAGUUGUUUUACGGAAUAAUUUAUGCCUGAGAUAAUGGAUAAUGUAUUUAUUUAAGUACUGUUUUAUAAAGAUUGUUUUAUUUUUCUUUGUAAUAAACUGAGAGUUAGCACAGAGCAGGUUCUCUGGGUUAUCGGAAAGAAGUGCUGGGUAAUUCGGCUUAUUUACAAUCCAUUGCUUUUGGGAAAUCAUGCGCUAAUUGUGGCACAUGGUUUUUCUUUUGCAUUUGUGUUCGAAUUCAAGCACGAAGUUAAUAACGUCAUUAAUGUCUGAUUCACUUGGUGCAAGUCAGUUGUAACUAUUGACCCAACCCAGUAAGGAAACCCUGGAAUUACUGAAAAAACUGGUAAUUCCAUGGUUUUCUUGUGUCAAUAUGUCCACUUGCAUGUGGUGUAUCAGAGUAGUCUGAAUGGGCUCAUGUCACUCCCUGCAGACAAAAAAAAGCUUCUUUGGAUUGUGUCAGUUUGUACCAUUAGCAAUUUGUGUUUGUAAAUAAGCCUCAUGAAUAUACGUUACAAUACAUCAUUCCAAUUUUUUUCUUAUUAGUAUUUUGUAGUGUUACACGGAAUAGCAAUAACACUCAAGUCACAAUCAAUCAAGUCGGGUCAUUUUUGGAAUCUGUCUCGAAAGCCCAUGUAGUUUGAACUUGGCAUUAUAGAUUUACAAAAAAAAAAAUCAAAUGUCAAAGAAAUGUCAAGUCUGUGUAAUUUGUUGAAAGUUUUUUUCUAUUUUGUAUAAUUGAACUGCGAUUGUCAUGAUCAUGUCACCAUCAAGAAUGUUUAGGUUUUUUUUACUGAACAAAAAAAGAAUAUUUUUACAAAUAAAAAUAUCUGGGAAGUAAA